UCUUGUUCUUGUUUGUAUUCCUCCAAUUCACAACAAAAAUGGAGGAUUUUGAGAGAAAGGUGUCGAUCUCGGAACCCAUGGAGACGGAAGACCAGGGGAUCGAAGAUUCAGAGGGCAAGGAUUCAUCCUCCAAGAUUCUAUCUCUGCUUCGGAAAUUCCUCGCAGUUCAGCAACGUCGAGCAGAAGCCUACGCCAAGCUCAAAAAGGGAUUCUCAGAGUAUAUGGGAACAGGAGGGGAACUAGCUUACCAACAGCUUUGUUCGGAGGUUACUGUAGAAUUUAAUGAGUGCUCAAAACAAGUUCGUGAAAUGGAGUCUCUCUUUCAGAAUCCUGAAUACCAUCGCGAUGAUCUAGCUCAGCUGCUCAGAGCUGUUCAGACACAGGAGAAGCAGAAAUUACACCUGACGGCUACCAUUCAGUUGUUGAAGAAAGCUGGUCGCCCAUCAGAACGUCUUGUUAGCCAUGAAAAUUGCAGAUUUAACAAGCCAACAGAGCAUGAAUGUGUGCAUGUCCACGAGAUAACCGAAGCUGCUGGAACUGAAGAUGCAGAAGCGGAUGCUGAGUAUGAUAAUGCUCUCAAGGAAGCCAUCAAGGGCGUGCAGGAUGCUGUGACUGCUAUUAAUGAAUCCUUGGAAGAAGUGAGAUAUGAGAUCGCUGCACUUGAAUCUGAGUGACCAACAUGUCUAUUUGAGAUUAUGAGUACCUCAGGGAGCUUGCAAGUUGAAGAUGAAACGAGCUAGAGACGAAGUCAUCUUAUUUUGGUCUGCAAAUUGGUGUUCUGAUUUUGGACCUUUAUAGUUGAGUCAGCUGCGUAUGUGUACAGAUCCUUCUAUUGCAGAGUUGCAUAUUUUCUGCUUUGAAUGUACAACCUAUAUAAUCGCUACUCCAUUGAUAUGUACUGGUCAAUUUCAUGGAAAAAACUGUUGAUGAACGAGAGAGAACAAA